ACCAUCCAAUAAUUCAUUUGCUGGUUAUUUGUCAGUCCGGGGACUCCUCUUACAAGCAUCGUUUUACAAAGCACUUUCAUCAUUGGAAGGAAAGGGAAACCACCUUAUUCCGUCCAGGAUGAUGGUGAACGAAUUCGACCGUUCACAAGAUAGUGGAAUUCAGUCUCCCCAGCAAUCUAUCACGCCUGAGCGUUUGAU